CAGUGUUUCUCCGCGCUGAAUGAGAAUAAAUGAUCGACUUUCGGCUCUUUUGUUUCUACAGUGAUUUCAUAAGUGUUAUUUCGUCGUUCCAGAGUUUAUUUUCGGUGGGAGAAUUGCGAGUUGUCUGUAACGCAGUAAAACUCCAGGAAACAAGUGAAAUCUGUGUGACACUGUUGUAAAGAUGUUUAUUAAAGAGGAGAGUGAAGAUAUGGCUUAUCCAGAAGCAUGCAGAAUUAAAACCGAACACACUGACGAACAAACAGACUUGAUGGUAAUGAAAAGAGAAAAUCAAGAAUUGAUGAAAAUGAAAGAGGAAAAUCAAGAACAAAUAGAAGUCAAGGAGGAAAGUCAAGAAAUGAAUGAAGUGAAGGAGGAACAUCAGUAUCAGAAUCCUCAUUUCAUAACCGGAGACAUUUUUAGUUGCUCACAGACUGACAGUAAUUCCUCACAAAACAAAACUCAAGCCAAAGUUUCCUUCACCUGCCCUCAUUGUGGAAAGUGUUUUACACGGAAAGGAAGUCUUAAGAGACACAUACAAAUUCACUCCAGAGAGAAACCUUUCACUUGCCGUCAUUGUGGAAAGAGUUUUAAACGGAAAAGAAGUCUCGAAGAUCACGUAAGAUGUCACACUGGAGAAAAGCCUUUCACUUGCCAUCAGUGUGGAAAAAGUUUCAUUAAUAGAGGAAACCUUCAUGUGCACAUGAGAAUUCACAGUGGAGAGAAGCCUUACACUUGCCGUCAGUGUGGAAAGAGUUUCACAAAGAGAGGGAGCCUUAAUAAUCACAUUAGAUGUCACACUGGAGAGAAACCAUUUACUUGCCAACAGUGUGGAAAAAGUUUCAUUAUUAGAGGAAACUUGCUUGUGCACAUGAGAAUGCACACUGGAGAAAAGCCUUACUCUUGCCGUCAGUGUGGAAAGAGUUUCACAGCGAGAGGAAACCUUAAUCAUCACAUUAGGUGUCACACUGGAGAGAAGCCUUACAUUUGCCAUCAGUGUGGAAAAAGUUUCUUUUAUAAAGGAAACCUUCAUGUGCACAUGAGAAUUCACACUGGAGAGAAACCUUACACAUGCCAUCAAUGUGGAAAGAGUUUCAGUCGGUCAUACACCCUAAAACAACAUGAGAGAAUGCAUAAAGGAGAGAAGCCAUAACAUGCACUUCAUGUGGGAAAAGUUUCCACUAAUCAAGAUCUGUAGGAAAUCAUAGAAAAGGGCAUUGCCCAGAGUUGUAGUGAGCAAACUGCAGGUAAUGGUGUGUCAUUGGUAUGAAAUUCAGAAAAACUCAGCAUAAAGCAUUUCUUCCAAAAUAGCAAUUACAUCUUGCAUGGUUGUUUGCUUUAUUGCAUUACCUGUCCUGUAGUGAUGAAUUAGCUGUCAUUUUAUGUAAGAGGUAGUAGGAAAUAGAGAUGGGAGAUAUAUCAAAACAAAUAAAAUUACCUUUAAACAAGAGUUUGAAUGUGAUGAUCGUCCACCUGUCAUCGAUUAAAUGAUUCUGAUUAAUCCCGAAUGAAGAUCUGCUGUUUCUGCAAGAUAUUCUUGGCAUUCUUUUGGUUGCAUUUGGUGAUGGGCCAUGAUCUGCAAAGAGUUUACAAAGCAUGAGCGGACUCUCAUUGUGAAAAGGUACAAAUGAGCAGAGAGAUACAAAUUCUCAGAGCAUUAGAUACUGUAUGCCAUGGAACACCAUGAAUGCCAUCAUCAAAAAGUGGAAAAAAUGGGCCUUCACAGUGACAUUUCCAAGAACAGAGCACAUGUCCAUGUGUGACAAUGCCAUUCUUAAUCAAAAAAUAUUUUGAAAGGAAAUAAAUAUAUAAUUCCUCGAUUUCAUAUUAACUGAGUUGUUACACGGUUUAUUUGUACUUUUAAUAAUUCAAUCAUCACACUUCAGGACUGUUGAGUAUUUACUAUUGACUAUUGACUAUGUAAUCACAUAGUUGAAAGGUGUUCAAAAUGUAAAACAGUAUGGAAAACAUGUCUUGAUCAUCUUUAGAUUGUUACUUCAUUUUAAUUAUUGCAUUAAUCUUUUGUCUUUAUACACUACUGGUCAAAAGUUUUGAAACCCUUGACUGAAAUGUUUCUCAUGAUCUUAAAAAUCUUUUGAUCUGAAGGUGUAUGCUUAAAUGUUUGAAAUUAGUUUUGUAGACAAAAAUAUAAUUGUGCCACCAUAUUUAUUUCAUUAUAAAACUAAAAUUUUAUUUAAAAAAAAAAAGUUUUUGAAAUUGAUGACUUGGACCAAAUAAUAAAGCAGCCAAUAAGUGCCCAACAUAGAUGGGAACUCCUUCAAUACUGUUUAAAAAGCAUCCCAGGGUGAUACCUCAAGAAGUUGGUUGAGAAAAUGUCAAGAGUACAUGUCUGCAAAUUCUAGGCAAAGGGUGACUACUUUGAAGAUGCUAAAAUAUAACACAGUUUUGAUUUAUUUUGGAUUUUGUUUAGUCACAACAUAAUUCCCAUAGUUCCAUUUAUGUUAUUCCAUAGUUUUGAUGACUUUACUAUUAUUCUAAAAUGUGAAAGAAAAUGUAUAAUAAAGAAUGAGUGUGUUUCAAAACUUUUGACCGGUAGUGUACUUAAUCUGACUGAAUGAUGUAUGCUCUGAUUGAAUAAAAAGUUACUAUUUUAAACCAUUUAAAAGCGAAUACUUUAUAUGUAGAGAUAACAUAAGGCUAAACAUAUACACAUACUGUAUGGAACUUAGUGAAAGCACCUUUCGCU